AUGAAUAACACAGAUUUAAAAAUUUUAAUUGCUGAUUUAGUACUUAAUCAAAAAUUUCUUAAUUAUUAUGAUUUAAAAGCAUAUCUCCAAAAAUAUAAUAAUAAUAUAACGGGUGAUGAUAUGGAAUAUUAUUAUCCAUAUUAUAAAAAUGAAAUUUUGAAAUAUCAUAAUAAAAUAAUUUCUGAAAUUAAAGACAAAAUUAAAAAUAAUGAAUAUACAAAGGGAAAAACUAAAUCACAACUUAAACAGUUGAAAGAUUUCAAAAAUAAAGUAUUAACAGAAGAAGAUAUUGAUGAAUUAUAUAAAUUAUAUAAUCCUGAGCCACAAAAACCAAAGCCAAAGGAACAAAAACAAAAGGAACAAAACGCCCAGGUCCUUCAGACCAUAAAUGAUGCACAAGCUUUAAUUUAUGAUUCAUUAGUUAAACCAUAUUCAGCCCGACUUUUAAAUGAAGAUCAACUUUUGGAAUUCAUCCUUCAACAUAAACUCGAAGCGGGAAAGUAUAUCAAACCUUUAUAUACAGCAUAUUUAAAACAAAUGAAUAGAAUACAUCCAGAAUUAAUGAAGGAAGGAAUGAAAUCCAAAAUCAAAGCAGAUAAAAUUAAACCACUUACAACACCAAAACCUCCAACAGUAGUACCUCCUCCUCCUUCAGUUAAUCCUUCAUCAUUCACUUUAUUAUAUCCAUUUCAAACAUUUAAGAAGCAAAAAGAUUUUAAAAAGGAUUUCAAUUGA